GAUUUCAAGAAUUUCUUGAGAAUGGACGCAAACAGUUUUGAUGAACUAUUAGAUAUGAUAACGCCUCUAAUUGAAAAACAAAAGACAAACAUGCGAGAUCCAAUUUCCCCUAGUGAGCGACUUUCAGUUACGCUACGGUAUUUGGCUACAGGAAAUUCAUUCGAGGAUUUGAAAUUCAACACAGCUAUAUCACCUCAGGCCAUAGGGAAAAUCGUCAUCGAGGCUUGCGAGGCCCUCAUAACGUGCCUUGGACCAUAUAUUAAGGUA